AUGUCCAAUGCCAACGCCAUCCUUGACACUGGCGCACCACCUCCAACUACCCAAGAUGCGACGCAGCGUCACGUCGACUCUCUUCCUCCCACCAACGAUAAGCCUUCCAUCGCCCAGCCCCUCGUCAAACAUGCCACGCAACUCUACACCCUCUCCUACCUCGUUUUCUUCGCUAUCUUCGGCACCUUGGCACGUCUUGGCCUGCAGGCCCUCACCGUCUAUCCUGGCGCCCCCGUCGUAACCGGUGUUCUCUGGGCCAAUGUGGGUGGAUCCUUACUGAUGGGCUUCUUUUUGGAAGACAAGAACCUCUUUCGUGAAGAAUGGGGUAGCGACGACACCUUCGCCAACCACCCUGGAGACGCGACCGAGCAGGCCAAACGGCACAAAUCCGUCAAAAAGACUAUCCCUCUGUAUAUCGGCCUCACCACCGGAUUCUGCGGGAGCUUCACCUCCUUCUCCUCGUUCAUUCGCGACAUCUUCCUCGCGCUCUCCAACGACCUCGCCGACCCUUCCGCGCCCACCAUCUCCUCGCGCAAUGGCGGGUACAGCUUCAUGGCCCUCGUCGCCGUCAUCCUGGUCACCGUCGCCCUCAGUCUAGGCGCUCUCAUAUGCGGCGCGCAUCUCGCCCUGGCCCUGGAUCCCCUAGUCCCUGCGUUCCCCUUCCGCUUCACCCGCCGACUGUUGGAUCCCCUGUUCGUCUGUCUCGGCUGGGGAUGUUGGUUGGGCGCCGUCUUCAUGGCGAUCUGGCCACCCGACCGCCACGAUGCCUCGCCAGAAACCUGGCGCGGACAGGCUAUUUUCGCCGUCGUCUUUGCGCCCUUGGGCUGUCUGGUACGCUAUUACGUUUCCUUGAUGUUGAACACUCGUAUCCCCGCCUUUCCCCUCGGUACAUUCGCCGUCAACAUCGGCGGCACCGUCAUCCUGGCCAUGUGCUUUGACUUGCAGCGCGUCGACGGCCUAGGCACUGCGCUCUCCUCCAGCGCAGCGUCCUCGUCCAUCCUCACGAGCUGUCAGGUGCUGGAGGGCGUCAUGGACGGGUUCUGUGGCUCCGCCACCACAAUCAGUACCUGGGUCGCGGAACUGAAUGGACUGGGCCGUCGUCGCCACGCCUAUACCUACGGCGUCCUUAGCAUUGGCGUCGCGCUUGGAUUCUUCGUCAUCAUCGUAGGGUCUCUGAGAUGGGCACUAGGCUUCGUAGAGCCUGUUUGUACAUCAUGA